AGAACUAGUUCAAAUCUGUCGGGAUGUAAAGUACGUCCGUUCAUGGUUCAGAUUAAUGUCGAGUGCUGUUGGAACUGGGACUGUUCAAGUCAGUGAUGAUCUGGCAUUGAGGAAACCAAAAACAGCCAAAGAGUUAAAGAAGGAGGCAGCAAAAGCAGCGAAGCUAGCAAAAUUUCGUGAAAAGGUGAAGAAGGCGGACGUAAAAGCAUGUCAACCAAAACAACUGAUAGAGACGAUGAGAGCAAAGAAGAGGGAGAUUUGUGAAUACACUGCUAAUACAAAACCCGGAGAGAAGAAGAACAUCAAUAUUGAACUGCCAAAUGCUUAUAGCCCAAAAUAUGUGGAAGCAGCUUGGUAUGAGUGGUGGGAGAAAUCAGGCUUUUUUCGGCCUGAGUAUAAACGUGAUUUAAGUAAGCCGAAUCCGAAAGGGAUUUUUACUGUGGUUAUUCCACCACCAAACGUCACCGGAACAUUGCACUUGGGACAUGCUUUGGCUACCUCUGUAGAAGAUGCUGUAUGUAGAUGGCAUCGUAUGAAAGGGAAGACAGUUUUGUUCAACCCGGGCUGUGAUCAUGCUGGAAUUGCUACGCAGGUGGUGGUAGAGAAGCGUUUGAAACGUGAAUUGGGUUUAACAAGGCAUGAUCUGGGUCGAGAGAAGUUUGUAGAAGAAGUGUGGAAAUGGAAGAAUGAAAAAGGAGAAGUAAUUUACAACCAGUUGCGAAAAAUGGGUGCAGGGGUUGAUUGGGAUCGAGCAUGUUUCAUGAUGGAUCCAAAAGUAAUACGCGCUGCAACAUAUGCCUUUACAAUAAUGCAUGAAAGAGGUGUUAUAUAUCGAAGUAAUCGGCUAGUAAAUUGGUGUUGUGUUCUGAGAUCUGCUAUUUCCGACAUCGAAGUUGACAAAGUAGAGUUGGGCGGAUGUACAUUGUUGUCUGUUCCUGGAUAUUCAAAGAAAAUUGAGUUUGGCGUAUUGACAUCUUUUGCUUAUCCUAUCGAAAAUUCAGAUGAAGAAGUCGUAGUAGCAACUACUCGAGUUGAAACCAUGUUAGGUGAUAGCGCAAUUGCUGUACAUCCAAAAGACAAUCGAUAUAAACACCUUAUUGGCAAGAAUUGCGUACAUCCAUUUCUUCAAAGAAAACUUCCAAUUAUAGCAGAUUCAUUCGUCGACAUGGAAUUUGGAACAGGGGUUGUGAAAAUAACUCCUGCUCACGACCAUAACGACUAUGAGGUAGGACUGCGUCACAAUUUAGCAUUCAUUACCUGCUUCACAGAUGAUGGUAAAAUGAGCGAACAUUGUGGCGAAUUCAAGAACAUGAAACGAUUCGAUGCAAGGGAUGCAGUUUUAGAGGCGCUCAAAAAGAAAGGUCUUUUCAGAGGGCAAAGUGAUAAUCCAAUGGUUGUUCCUUUAUGCAGUCGUACCAAAGAUAUUGUCGAGCCGAUUUUGAAGCCACAGUGGUAUGUAAAAUGUGAUCAGAUGGCACAGCGAGCUAUUAAGGCUAUAGAAGAAGGUCAUUUAAAAAUUAUACCAGAUUUUCAUGUUACAGCUUGGCGAAAAUGGCUGGAGAACAUCAGAGAUUGGUGUAUCUCGCGGCAGCUGUGGUGGGGUAUUCGAAUACCUGCUUACUUCGUUAGCAUCGAUGAUCUUAAAGUUCCUGCUGGAACUUCUGAUAACAAUGAUUAUUGGGUGAGUGCAUAUAAUGAAGCUGAAGCAUUGGAAAAAGCUGCUCGAAAAUUUGGCGUUUCGGAAGAGAAAGUUUCUGUGAAAAGAGAUGAAGACGUUCUGGAUACCUGGUUUUCUUCCGGAAUGUGGCCUUUUGGAAUUUUUGGUUGGCCUGAAAAAACUGCUGACUUAGAUAAAUUUUUCCCUGGUACACUUCUGGAGACUGGACAUGACAUACUUUUCUUCUGGGUAGCACGGAUGGUGUUUUUGUCGCAAGAGCUUACUGGGAAGUUACCGUUUCAGGAAGUGUAUUUGCAUGCCAUGAUUCGGGAUGCUCAUGGACGUAAAAUGAGUAAAUCGUUAGGUAAUGUAAUCGAUCCGUUGAAUGUGAUACAUGGCAUAUCAUUGGCUCAGCUCAACAAAAUGUUGGAAUCUGGAAACCUUGAUCCGAAAGAAUUGAAAAGAGCGAAAGAAGGGCAAGCACACGACUAUCCGAAUGGCAUACCAGAGUGUGGUACUGAUGCAUUACGGUUUGCACUGAUUAAUUAUACUAGUCAGUGCCGGGAUAUCAAUCUCGAUGUGCUUCGUAUUCAAGGGUACAGAUUCUUCUGCAAUAAAAUCUGGCAAGCAUCGAGGUUCACGCUGAUGCAGCUUCAUGGCAGUUUCGCAUCUGCGGAAAAAUUAGAUUUGUCGGAAGAGAGUAGUACGUUGGAUCGUUGGAUCAUGUCACGACUAUCUUAUGCUGUUGAAUUAUCUAAUAGUGGGAUGUCUAGUUAUCAGUUUAGUCGCGUUACAACUGCGCUCUAUAAUUUUUGGCAAUACGAUUUUUGUGAUAUAUAUAUUGAAGGAUGCAAACCGAUACUUGCUGAUGGUGAACGUUCUAAUAGUGCAGAGAUUGUACGAAAGGUGCUCUUUGAAUGUGUAGAAACAGGAUUACGCCUAUUAUCGCCUUUCAUGCCCUUCAUUACUGAAGAACUUUGGCAGCGAUUACCAUCAUGUAUAUCAAAGCAGCAGUCAGAAAGCGUCUGUGUUGCACCGUAUCCGGAAGCAGAACAGUAUCCAUUCCGAGAUGAAACACUGGAAAAUCGGAUGGCACGCGCAAUGCAUAUCGUGAGAACUGUUCGUUCUUUUCGUUCCGAUUAUGGGUUAACAGUUAAAGUUAAAACUGAACUUUGCAUCGUUUUUGAAGACAACUCAGAAUUAAUGGAAGUGGAAGAUCUUAUAUCGUUAAUAACUACUUUGACUUCCUCUUCCAAGAUUUCCUUAAUAACUGCAGAUAAAGUACAACAAUUACCACCAGACUCUGUGCAACUUGUUGUUUCAGCAACUUGCAAGAUUUCACUUUUGCUUGAGGGUAUAAUUGAUGUUCCUAAGGAAAUUACGAAAUUGACAGACAAACAGGCGAAACUAUUAGUACAGUUGCAGAAAUUAGAAGAAACAAUGUCUAGUCCAACUUACAAUAAAGUGCCUCUUGGAAUACGUAAUAAUAACGCAGAAAAGGUAGCGUCGCUGUUGGCAGAAUCAAAACAUCUUAACGAAGCCAUAAUGGCGCUUAAAAACUCGCUAACAUAAAUUGAUCUCUGAAUAAUUUUCUCUUUUUUGUAGCAAUUUACUUUUUUAGAAAAUUUCAUGCUGUUUACUGCCUCUCUAAAUUACUGGCGAUAGCUUUCCUUUUUCAGAAUUCAGAUAUGUUAUUAACUUCUUUUUGAUCAGUUUCGCAAGAUACUUCUCUAUAUUGUCUCACUGCUUACAUUUUACAUUUAUUGUUGACAUUUCAUUGCC